UGCGUCUGCUGGCACUGGUCACAACUCCCUGACUCUACCAAGGGCAUAGGAACUAAAAAAAGAGACAGACGACGUUUGUGUUGACGCCGCGCUCGUGGGACCGGGAAGUAUCACAGAGUGAUUCUGUUCUGGAAAUAAAGUUGCCUGAAGGAAACCAUUCAGACAUGUGGAUGAGUACAUUUGCACGUCUUGCCCUGCCUGCCCUGCAGAGGAGCACCUCUGCCGUGGCCUGCCAGGCUCUGAGGGCUUGUCGUAGAGCAGGUCCAGCUGCAGCUCCGCUCUCCUAUCGUCUGACUCCAGUGCAGCUUCGAGGGCAGCACACGCUGGGGUCAGCCUCCCUCCCUGUGGCUUGCCACUCGGUGAGGCACGUCCGGGCUCUGGAUGAGGAACGGCUAAUGGAGGUGGAGUGGGAGGAUGGAGGUCACAGUCUGUACCCCUUCACCUGGCUGAGAGACAACUGCCAGUGUCCGCUGUGUACUCUGCAGUCUGCUCAGGCUCGGACGCUCCUGCUGUCUGAUCUUGAUAUCCACACAGGAGUGGAUGUUGUGGAGGUCACCAACGACAACAAGGUUUCUGUCGUGUGGCCCGACCAGCACAUCAGUGUGUUUGACGCUGAGUGGCUUAAGAAGCGCUGUUUCUCCCCUGCCUCCAGGCAAGCAAUGCAAGAAGAGCUUUUCCUCAAUGAGCAUUAUUACUGGGACUCCAAGCUGCACAUUCCCACCGCCGACUACCAGGAAGUCCUCCAUGACGACAAGGCCGCGCUCGCCUGGCUUUACGCGCUGCGUCGCGUCGGCAUCGUCUUCCUGAAGGGGGCGCCUGCGGAGCGAGGCCACGUGGCCCGACUGGCCGAGAGGAUCGGCUACCUGCGGCUGACGUUUUACGGGCACACGUGGCAGGUCCAGGACAAACCCAUGGCUAACAAUGUAGCCUACACCUCAGGGAAGCUCAGCCUGCACACAGACUACCCAGCGUUACACUUCACACCUGGAGUGCAGUUCCUCCACUGCAUCAACCAGGCUAUGAAAGGAGGGGAGAGCGAGGUGGUGGACGGCUUCCACAUGGCCGAGCAGCUGCGGAGAGAAGACCCGGAGGCCUUCCAGACGCUCAGCUCGCUGCGCGUGGACUUCACCGACACCGGCACGGACUACUGCGACUUCAUGCUGCAGUCCAAGAACCGCAUCAUCGACGUCGAUACAGAGGGCCGAGUUGUGAGGAUAAACUACAACAACGCCACCAGAGACUCGGUGCUGGACCUCCCGCUGCAUCAGGUUCAGCCGUUCUACAGAGCACUGAAGGCCUACGUGGACAUCCUGACCCGGCCAGAGAAUGUGGUCACCUACAGGAUGGAGCCAGGUGACAUUGUGACCUUUGAUAACUGGCGUCUCCUUCACGGUCGGAGGAGCUACGUCAGCAGGCCAGAGGCGCUGAGGCACCUGGAGGGGGCGUACCUGGACUGGGACGAGGUCAUGUCCCGUCUCCGGAUCCUCCGCAGGGCCGUCGGCGACGACGUGUGACGCGCGUGAAGUCCGACAUGACCCCAGGGCAGAGUGCAAAGAUAUUAUCAUUAAGGACAACAGGUCAAGAGCUGAGACUCUGACUCUGUAAAAAAAAAUCAACCGUGUAAAUGAUUUAGAAUAUAUUUAAAAAAAAAAAAAAAGUUUACAUGAUGACGAACUCUUCACACAUAGUGCAACACAUCAAUGCAACGUUGAAGAAAAAGAAAAAACCCUUUUAAAUUUAAAUGUGUCAAACUUUUAUGAAUGGAAUAUGACAUUUUAUAUAUUUUCCCGAGUACACCACAUUACGAUUGAGAUAAUGUGUUUUUUUUAUACGUUUUCUAAGCUUAUUAGUUUAUAAUUCCCCGUUCUCUGGUUGAAUAUUUAAAAAAAAAAAAGAGAGACAUCCAGGCUGUUUAAAGAAACGACUCACUGGUUUCUACGCUAAUAACUGUGUUCAGUGUUUGUUUAUAGCUGACCAUAGUUGGUGAACACGUGGUGAUUUCACAAUGUAAUUGAUGUUAUUAUCGUCUCACUUCCUGUGCCUCUACCUCUACCGUUAAACCCUGCGCUUACAAAUAAUGUGUUGUCCUCGACUUCCUCCUCAUCAUGUAGAGGUGCAGUUUAUAUUUUAAUUUGUCUUAAGCUGCAGUUCAGUAGCUCUGCUACAAUCUUUACCUCUACGCUUGGCAUUAGUGGCAAAAUACAGUUUACUGUUGCUAUAAAAAAAAAAAAAUGGUGCAUUGAAGGGCUCAAGUAUACAUACAUAUUCUAUAAAUAAGAUGUUAAGAUUAUUGUUUUGCUUUGGAAACUCCUCAACGUACUUAAGACGAGAAUUGAUUAACUUUAAGCACUUUCUACAGAUAUGGAGUAGACAUGAGUCUAUGUCAUUUACUUCUCCCGUCAGUGGUUCUAAUGUUGUGGCGUAACUACGGGAUGUGUGAAAAAUCACAUCCAAAACCAGGGUUCGUAAUCUUUUGUGAUGCGCUGCUGUUACUGUAAGAAAGAAGCAUUUUCAUCUGUGGAAGCGAAGUUACUAUCAAUCAUUAAUUCAAAGAAAGAAAGAAUAGUUUGCAUAUUGUUCUUCUUACUGUGUUAUUUUCUUCCACAAAGAUUAUGUUUCCGUUUGUUCCGUUAUUAUCCCCUUCUUGAAGAUUUACUGAGUGUCUUAGACAGAAGAGGAGACACUGACGGUGUCAGAGACCUUUUCCUAUUUCUGUGUGACAGGGAAACCAGCCAAUCCCACGAUGUUCUCAGUCUUCACUAUAAGAAACGAAUGUUUUCUGCUGUGCCUUUGAGAUUCUCCUCGCCGCUUAUGGGUCUCCCAUUGUAAUUACAAGAUACUCAAAUACUUUAAA